AUGAUUUUGUUUUUUAAUUUUCGUAAGGAUGGGGAGUGGAAAGUAAAGGACAAAGAACUACUACGCAGCCAACAGGUAACAGGAAAAAGUCAAGCAAAGCCUUCACCCGCCAUGCCACCUGUAAUCGAAAGCAUACACGAGGAUCUCAGCAGUGAUGAAGAAGACGAGGAGGAGAACUUUCGAACCAAACAACUCUUUUUAUUUGCUUGGCAAAUUGCUAAAGGAAUGGUAAUUACUAUAUUAUUAUUUUCUGAGAAACGUUGCUUCCAUUCAGGUUUUGUUUUCAUCCUUCAAAGAUCGUUGUCAAAGACUAUUCCACAAGCAAGAAAUAAAGGAAAUUAAAAUAAGUUAAUUUUCUAAAUGAUUAAUGGUUCUUAGCGGAGAAAUUGUCAUAGUCGAUCGAACCAAAUUCGGCAUGUUUUGUCUGAACUUGAAUCAGCCGUUUAGAUCAGUUCAGUUGUGAUAUUUUACUUUUGAUUAUUGGCUCCUAUAAUUUUCACGCCUUCACCCGUGCCUUUUCAGGCAAUAGUAGCCCCGUAAAUGAAAUUUUAUGGUACUUAUUUUCAUUUUUCUCUUUCCUUCUUAAAAUUAGAAUCAUCUCGCCGAAAACAAUCUUGUUCACAGAGACCUUGCUGCCCGUAAUGUUCUUGUUGGCCAUGACAACCAAGUCAAAGUGUCAGACUUUGGGUUGAUGAGACAAAUCUAUGAAGAUGUGAGCAGCUCAGCGAAGUCCAAAAAACUUCCUGUAAAAUGGAUGGUCCCCGAAGCACUUUAUCAAGGCCUUUACACCACCAAAAGUGAUGUGUGAGUAUAAAAAAAUCCCACUCUUUUAAACUCAUUUCGAUAAAUUACUGCUCAGAAAACCUCAGUCAGCUUCCCUAAAAGUCGUGAUCAGCGAGUUUAUUUAGAAUUUCAGUGGUUAUAGUGGCUGAUUUCGUACUUGUCAAUAUAAUUUCGACUCGGGACUACAUAGUUUGCACAUAAGUCCUGAGCGAGAGCGGCGUCUGCUGAAUUCUUAAUUCGGAGUGUACGUAAAGAUCAUUUAGUUACUAUUAUGCGGCAGACCCGUCACCUAAAUUGGUAUUCUUUUCCGAUCCCUACUCUAUUAACCUUGCUAGGCCAUUGGCUAAGGGCUUUGAGCAGCUGAGGCCUGGUGUCAUAGGGUUCAGUCAAGGGCGAAGGCAUGGAAAGGUGGAGACACGCCCUUUUGCCUUAAGUUCAUAAAGUAAAAAGAAGAGAAGAAAAGUAAUGUUCAUGCAGUGGCAUAUUCAUGACCUUAGUGCUUUUCUCUGUAGUUGGUCUUUUGGUGUUGUUCUUUGGGAGAUGGCUACAUUGGGUGAGUAGACAGUCACACACUAAUCAUGUAAACUUCCAAGGGGAGGGGAAUCCCAAGAACUCUCCUCCCUGUUGCCACGGGCUAUAUGACUUGAAUUGUGCGACUAAUAUCAAAGGACGACACUGGGACUUAAAGAGUGAGUCCUUAUUAAAGAAGGUUAUUGUUACCAGGAAACAGGCUGAUACCUGAUGACUUUUAUUUGUGGCAAGCUAGCCACUUUUGUUUUGAACUGGGCUCUAUGUCUGAUAAGUGAUAAUCGGCAUCAAAUAUGUACGCAUUAGUUGUUUUCUGGAAAGAGGAGCCUUAUUACUAAGCACCCUGUUUUGUUUGAAGACACAUUUCAAUGCAAUUCUGACCCCUGCUCAAUCACUAUUCUAUUGCAAAACUGCAUUAUUGAGUGCGGGGGAAUGAAGAGUCGUCGACAUUGACAUUUCCAGGAGAAAGCUAUCCAGGGGAAUGAGCCGUGUUUUCAAAUAAUAACAUGUAUAUUUUUUCUUUCGCAAAACGUGAUCAGGAGGCGUACCAUACCCCACGCUGACCAACUCAGAGUUGUAUCGACUGCUUGGCACUGGUUAUCGCAUGGAAAGGCCUGACAUGUGCUCCGAUGAAGUGUACGUUUCUUGAUCAGAAUAGUCUUAGAACUAACAAAAAGAUUUGAUUUUUCAUUGCGUCUUUUUAGUUAUAAAUAGCCUUGAAAGUUGCAGAGGACAAGUCGGUUUCGAUUUUGACGUUUUCUUCGAUCAAAGUGAUUACUGAACAAUAAUAAUAAUAAUAAUAAUAAUAAUAACAAUAACGCGAAUAUUUAUACAGGAUAACCUAUCAGUUCUAAUAAAAAGAACUGUUAUCAAAAGGGUCCUGUAAUUAUCUCAUAAAUAGCUAAAAAAUAAAAAAUACAAUCGAAAAAGGAAAAUAAAAUAAAAUAAUAUUAAGAAAUCUAAGAUUUAAAAAUCAAAAUCUGUUAAAAUCAUCGACUUACGAGACUGAAAAGAGUUAUGAAUUAUGGAAUACUAUUGAAAAAAUUGUUUUAAAUUACUCUUAAAAAGAAACCUAGAAUUUACAGUUCUUAAAUGCCGUGGUAAAGUAUUAUAAACUAGAGCCCCUUGAAAGGCAAAACUUCUCCGUCCAAAUUCUAAUUUGGCUUUGGGAAGUUUUAGUGAACACCCA